AUGGCAUCAGGCCACCAGUCGCUCGUAAAGGAAGCAGCUAAGUACGCUGAAGAACUCAACAUCACACUUCAGCUUGAUACCUUAAAUCCCGUGUGUGUUACAACAGAAGGAAAGGUGGUAACUGCAGCAAGAGGUGGUAAUCUGUUGAAGCAAUCUCAAGAGAAGCAGUUCUUGGAGAUCGCUAAAGACAAAAAGUGGCAAGGAAAGUUAUUCCGUAUCAGAUGGGAAGAUGAGAGCCUAAGCAUAACCAGCUGCUUUGCAUGGUUAAAAGGUUGGGCUACAUGCCCUACAUAUACCAUCGCGGGCAUGUAUGAAUUGUAUGAGCAGUUGUUACCUACGAAGCUCUACACAAAGGAGAAGACGCAAACCUCCACCGACGGCGAAGUUCUAUGCAGGUUAUGUGGGAAGGUAGCUGAGAGCGUUGCACAUGUAUUGGCUGGAUGUUCCUCCCUGGCACAAACCAAGUACCUAUACAGGCAUAAUGCAGCUGCGAAGAUUCUGUUUUUUGACCUCCUGCGAGAGCAUGGGUUAAUAGAAGAGGUUCCACCAUGGUACUCACCGGUGAUGUCAAAACCAGCCUACCAGAACACCAAGAGUGAGGCGUUUUGGGAUAUUCCCAUCUAUGCAGAGCACAACGAAGUUAGAGCAAAUCGGAUCGACGCGCGACUUGUCAGCCACGAAAGGAGAGAAGUCUGCACAAUUGAAAUGAGCUGCCCAUGGAUUGAGAGUAGAGCUAAGAAAGAUGAGGAAAAGACACUCAAGUAUGGGCCCAUGAUAUGGAAGCUGAAGCAGAGGUACAUUGGUUACAGGGUUGAACAGUACAACGUAAUAAUUGACGUACUGGGUGGUUACUCUAAACACCUAGAGAAGUCGGUGAGGAAGCUAAUUGGAGCG